CUCCUGGGCGGCAGUUCUCAGACCUUGUCCUCCUUGUGUAUUGAGGAGCUUGCUGUCGAGUCAUCCCCCCCCCGUAAACCAACAACUUCGAGGUCACUAAUAAAGCUCACGACGCUGUCAACGCAAACACGACAGGAAAGGCUUAUUUUGAAAGGAACCGGAAGUCCCGCAGUCGCUGGUUCCAGCUGAAAGCUUUUGGAUUAGACUCAUGGAGGGGUUUCUGGUCAUGGACAGGACCGGGACAGGUGCGGGUAUUCGGGAUCCAAAGUCCAACAGACCCGUGAGACGAAGCUCCGCGAGGAGAACCUGAACCGAACCGGGCCAAAACGAACCGUGAAGGCUCUCUUUCUCCGAGCCAGAGAAUCGGCAGACCGCUCUUCCACGGAUCUGAACCAAUCCGACCGUUUCAGAGUCGAACCACAGAACGGAGCAGAAUGUUCUCAUGGUCAGCGCGAUAGAAACAGCAUGUCCACCGGAGGCAAGAGUGUGGCCCCCCCGCAACAAAGGAAGGGUCAUUUCUUUAAGCUCAUUGACUCAUUUGCCUGGGAGAUCUGCUCUCUGAGGAGGGAGAUGGGAGAGAAGAGGAAGACCUCAGAUGGAGACCAAAACAUCCUCACGCUGCUAAGGCUCAGUAGGGAAGUGGGGGCUCUGUUCCUGCAGACGUCAGACGGUCAGCAGGCGCUUGGAGCCAGUGACUCCGGGUACGCCUCUCUGCAGCGCCGCCUCACAAUCCUGGACCGAGUGACGCACACGCACUCUGUGUGGCUGCUGCUCCCCCUCAGCCAGCAGGGGGCCAACCGAAUUCUGCAGGGGCAGCCCCCUGGGACGUUUCUGGUCAGACGGUCCAGCAGCCUGCAGAGGAAGGUCAUCUGUCUGCGCGCGAGCAGAGACGCCGCCGCCCCUGUCAGAGAGUUUCCCAUCAAGGAGAGCCAGUGCACCUUCUCCCUGGAGGGGUCCAGCUUGAGUUUCGCAGACCUUUUUCGCCUUGUGGCUUUUUGCUGCUUCAGCAGAGAUGUGCUUCCCGUCACGCUGAGGCUGCCGGAGCCCAUCACCUCGGCUGUGACCUUCAGCGAUCUGCAGGAGGUUUCUGAAAUGGCCGCUGGCUUCUGGGAUGUUCAGCUGCUUAACAGCAGGCAGAGCUCACUGUCUCCAUCAGGGACGGCGAUUCCCUACAGACUCCGCCCACAUGCCCAAAGAGCCGUCUGCCCGGCGGGCGUCCAGGCAUUUUCUCUUCAAACUCGCCCCCUGUCCGAGCUGGACUGUUUCCAGGCCAACGGGGCGCUGUGCUUCUUCAACCCCCUCUUUGCAAAGGUGCAUGAGCCAAGUGGGGGGGGCUCUUGCCCUGACGGUCUUGAGGUUGGAGGUGAGGGAGAAGGAAGAAGCGUGCAGAACUGCAAAAGAAACGCCAGUCAAACCGGGCCUGCCCCUGACGGACCCCCUACACCUCCGCCCCCCACUGCCGAGCAGACCCCUCCCCAAGUUGUAGGACCGCACAGUAUGCCAGGAAAGGUGUCGUGGACCAACACCCCCAAGGAGAAGAUGGAGGGGAGGGAGAGGAGUGCCAGCCUCCUUCCUUGCCUCAGUUCCUCAGAUAACAUCUGUUCUUCUGACCCCCCCCAAAAAAGGUUUAGCAUUAGCUCCCCCAUACCCAUUUUGCGGCCAUCCCAGUCUUUCCCUCCACACCAAGCCAAGACCUUCCAGCCAUCCAGUCUGGAGGAGGAUGACUCUGAAAAGACGGCCCCCAGAUCCAAAGACUCCUGCAGGUCUUCAGUUCUGAGGACCGACCUGCUUUCUCUGGACCGGGGGGCUCUGGAAGGGUCUGCUGGGGGGGAGGCCCGCCUGAGUGAUAUGAGCUUCUCAACAGAUUCUUCAGACUCGCUGAGUUUCUCACAGUCCUCCUCCUUUUUCAUCCCCUUUCUGCACGAGCCCAGCCCCCCAACAAUGGCGGACUUUGACACUCACCUGCCCCUCUCCCUCCCACCCCCCCACCUGCCUAACUGCAGCAUGGAUGAAGAUGAGGAGGAUGAUGAAGGAGAGCCAGAGUAUGGUGUGAGCCUGGACAGCGAUUCUGACCUGACCAUGGGGCGGGCGGGGCGGAGCCCCAAGCAGAUCCCCAGCGGGGGGGCUUUAGUCCUCCAGAAGGCCUUGAGAGGACGUUUGAGCAAGAUGAGCAGCGUUUUCCAUUCACUACUGACCCCCCAGAAGAAGGCAGUCCACAGGGUGCUGGAGCUGUCCUUGGACAGCACCUCCUACUUUGGAUCCCUGGUUCAGGACUUCCUGAGCUUCAUGGUCGACGGGGGGGGCGCCCAGGCGUGGCAGAGCUUUUCCUCUGGACUGGAGCUGCUGCAGACCGUCCGUCAGUUCAUCACUCAGAUGAAGAUGUAUCUGCGACAGAGCUCUGAGAUGCAGCCCCCCAUGGAGAGCCUCAUUCCUGAGGACCACAUCGACCAUAUUCUGGAAAGAGCCAUGCAUAAGUGUGUGCUGAAACCUCUGAGGCCAACAAUAAGCGCCGCCCUGCAGGAUUUCCAGGUGCGCAGUGGGGCGUGGCAGCAGCUGAAGGAGAACCUGUCUCUAGCCAAGGCCCAGCCCCCACAGGAGAUGGGGGUGGUCGACAUGUGCCCCCCUGAUGCCGUGGCCAUAGAGAAGAUCAGGACCAAGCUCCUCAACAUGUGUGCCCUGUACUCCCCAGAGGAGAAGGUGAGGGUGCUGCUGAGCGUCUGCAAGCUCAUCUACACCCUGAUGGAGGACGCUGCAGGUCGUCUGUGUGGUGCUGAUGACUUCUUGCCGAUGUUGACCUACGUUCUUGCCCAGUGUGACCUCCCCGAGCUGGAGAACCAGGUCCUGUACAUGAUGGAGCUGCUGGAUCCCUUGCUGCUGCACGGAGAAGGGGGGUACUACCUGACCAGCACCUACGGAGCCCUGUCCCUGAUCAAGAACUUCCAGGAGGAGCAGGCGGCCCGAGUCCUGAGCUCAGAAACCAAGGACACGCUAAAGCAGUGGCACCGCAGGCGCACCACCCAACGACCCUCCAUCGAGGACUUCCAGAAUUACCUGCGGGUGGCGCUGCAGGAGCUGGAUAGCGGCUGCACAGCCAAGACUCUGCAGGUGCGGCCCAAUGCCACCGUGAGGGACGUGUGUCGACUGUGUGCCCUCAAGUUUAAGGUGCUCAAUCCGGAGAGCUACGGGCUGUUUUUGGUCAUGGGGGGCAGCUGCCAGCAGCUGGCGCCAGACACCCACCCCCAAAAGUUGAAGGCUGAGCUACACAGUAAUCCAUCCACUGCUCCCUUUCACUUUGUUUUCCGUCGUGUGUCCAUCACUGAUCAGCAGCCCUCGCCCCCCUGUCCUAGGCUUCAGGCCCCACCCCCCUGCUCGGCACAGUUUAAGGAGUCUGCCCCCACCUGAACAAUGACAGUUCAUCUGGUUCUUGAGGAUGAACAUAGUGGUUACUGUGGAAAACUCUCUGCUGCCCCCUGCAGGACUUUCUCUGAAAAUAAACUUUGUGUGUUCAACCAGGUGAGCACGCAGGUACUGUAACGUGCACAAGAACAUUUUGGUGCUUUGACCUAAAGAUGAAGCUCCGCCCCCUGGCAACAGGGACUCCACGUGCUCUUGUUUUUUGUAGUUUUCACUGUAGAAAAAAGCAACUUUUCACUGAGACACUAGGACAGUUUUAAGAAGAAGUGGAUCCAAAUAUCCAUCCAUUUGUUUAUCCAUCUUUAAACCCGUUUGAUCCUUUCAGGGUCACGGGGCGGAGCCAAUCCAGCUACUGUUGGGUGAAGGCGGUGUCUGUUCAGAACCAAACAUCCACGAACAUUCACACUGACAGCUUCAGGGUCACCAAUCAGCCUAUGAAGCAUGUUUGUGGACUGUGGGAGGAUCCUGGAGAAAAGCCACACAGCCACCAGGAGAACAUGCAAACUCCACACAGAACGGUCUCAGCUGAGAAUUGAAGGCGAGAGUGCAAACCACUACACCACAACUUGGAGCCCCUAAUCUAAACUGUGCAGAAUUGGACAGUUGUUGGCUGUUCUUUGUCAGUCAGGAUAAAUCUAAAUACAUUUAUGUCUGCUUCAUAAAACUACAGGAGUUGAAAUGAUGCAGAAGAAAGAGUCUUUCAAAUAAACCAGUUUUAUUUCAUUUUGAGGAAUUUAAACUUUUUAGUUCAGUCUGAAAAUGUGUUGGUGAGUCUGGAUGUCAAGGUGAUCCGGUUUUAACGUAGGCUGUUCUUCCACUGCUCCUCCUGAGUGUCUUCACACAUAGGGGGCGGCCGUGCUGCACUAGUGGGGCGGCUGACCUCGAUACGGAAAAUUGCAGGUUUGAUUCCCGCCCAUCUUUCGAAGUGUCCUUGGUGAUAGGUUGGCGCCAUCAGUGUGUGAACGGGACUGUAAAGCACUUUGGGCCUUCUUUAUAAGUACACGCCAUUUACCAUUUAGCAUUCAAACAAGAAUGUCACAGUAAUGGUGCCCAAAGAAUUCUCAGAAAAGCCUCCAUUUUGUGCUAACUGGUAAAAUCAUGUUAAAUCCAGGAAGUCGAGGAGCAGAAAGCUUCUUCUCACUGCUCAGCUCUGUUUCGUUUCAUUGCAUUUUAAGCUCAGGCUUCAUGUUGUUGCCUGUGAAUUUAAAGAUGUGUGUCUCUAGAAAACAAAGAAAAUGUUUCUAUAAAUUGAAAUAAAUGUACAGCAUCGAUGUUCAGAGCCCUACAACGUCAUAAAUGUCAGUAGAGCCUCAGACCUUCAUGAACUUCUGAUAACGACCUGAUGGCUUCACUGAAGUUCAGCUGCCUGACGUUACCAAAAAAUCAAAAA